UAAACCGGUGUUAAGGAGCCGGUGUUUGGCGCUCACGGAGUCCUUUAAAGCGGCAGCGCGGAGAGCACGAGACAGGGGGGAUUUAAAUCAGCAGCACGCGCUCUCAUAGCAACGAAACAGCUGAGCACGUUCAGCCCUAAGCCAGCUGUCUCUGACACGCUGUGUUAGACAAACUGCUGCUUUUAUACGCUGAAAACUACUGAAAGAUUUGGGCGACAACUUUUUAUUUUUUCCCAUAAAGUGAUUUGUGUUUGAGGGCGCCCUCAGGAGGAGGAAAAUGCAGUGCACUCCUGAAUCUAAUCUCCACCUGGAGGGCUAUAAAGGGCAGCACAGUGUGUUUGAUAACUGCUCUGACAGUGGAUACUCAGGUUUUUUCCAGAGCCCGCACAGCAUCACUGGAGCUGACUCCUGUAGAUCUUUGUCUCCAGUAGAACUGGAUGAAACUCCUAAAGAGAACCUCAGACUUUCUGUCACACCUAAAGAGAAGGUCCGAGAACCAGUCAGAUUUUUGGGCUCCAGGAAGGUACUGCAGUCAUCCACGGUAAGCUGGUGUGAAACUCCUAAAGUGUACAAAAGAGAUUCCUCAUUACGACACAGACUUCUAAUGUGUAAACCCACUACAGACUGGAAAAAUGACAACACAAGAUCACCGUGCACCAGAAAGGCUGAAUCCCCCAUCAGUGGGUCUGAACCCUGGUUUAGUACAUCUUUUGAUUCUGUAGACAUUAAGCUGGGGGCAUCAAGCCCUUUAAAAGUGAACCAGGACCUGACACUAUCUGGCAGGAAACGCCGCGUUCUAUUCACACAGGUGAGGACCUCCACUCUUGAAGAUGGUAAGCACAACCUUGGUCACCUUCCCAGUUUCGAGAGAUGGGUCUCACUCUCAGAUGCAGAUAUCAGGGAGUGCAUUUCUGCAUCUGAUCAAUGUAAUGUCAAGGCUCCCGGCUUCAACCAGUUCCUGCCUGUGUCUAAAGAAAACUCUCAAUCACCAUUGGGCAGCUUGACGGAUAAUCUGUAUGAUAGCUCAAGUGUCUUGUACACACCAUCAUCCACACCCAACUUUUUCAGGUCUGUGAGCGAGGACAGUGGUUUCAGUUCAGUGACCCUUGAUAAAUCCCAAGACUCCUCGGUGGACCAUGAUGGCUCGUUCCAGGAGCUGCUGCUCUCUGCCUCCAAAGGAAACUUUGAAACCCCAAAUCCAACAGAGGCAAAGCGGCGCUCCCGUUUUCAGCGUCAGCACAGGCUCUCUACACUUAAAGAAGGUAGCUCUCAGUCUGAGGAUGACCCAACCCAUCAUCCUUAUCAGUGUCACAGCCGUUUUAAAGAAGAUGAGGUUUUUGCUGAGGAUGCCACCCCUCGCUGUGUCCUCCCUGUUAAAUGUGGUAAUAACAUGGCCUGUGAUAGUUUGGCCUUAGCAAAACAAGACAAUACCACCCCACUAAGAGUGACUAGAAUCAAGGCAGAACACAUGACGCCUUGUUGUACAGACCCUGAUAAUACAGAUAUCACCCCUCUGAGGACAACUCCAGUCAACCUCUCUCUGACUCCAGCUCUGCAGCUGGUAUAUGCUAUGUGUCAGCACAAUGCCCAGGUGCUGGCUGGUCAAAGUCCAAGCCUGAAGGAGCAACUUAAGUCUGCAGCAGCACUGACCAAGACCCCGGUGACAUUCAGGACCACUAUGCCGUUAGCAGGGCUGAUCGGCAGGAAGAUGGGCCUAGAGAGGGUGGAUGUGCUCACAGAGCUGAAGAAGAGGAACCUUAGGCACAUCCUGGCUUUCAUACUCUGCCAGCUGGACUCUGAGAGUGUCUACAGGUGCGGCCGAGUGUGCAAAAGCUGGAAUCAAAUUAUCCAGCAAGACAAGCUAGCUAGCUCAAGGAGAAGAAGCCACCUGAGUCAAGUGGAGGCUGCUCUGGAGAUUGGUGGCAUUGUCCACGUCAACGAUGUAGAGACCAGAGUCACUUUGGUUAAGCGGUCAGCCUUGAAGACAGUUCAGGCCCAGUCCAGGACCUCCAGCUACUGCACUCCACAGUCAGGAAACAGCACUUUAGAAACACUGCAGCUCAGCGCCUUGCAUUCAGGCAGCAGCGGCAAACGGGAUAAAUUUCUGGAGGUUGCUAAAACCCUCUUCAAUGAUGAGUGCCUCAAGCCUUGUCCGAGAUGUCAGCAUCCCGCAAGAUGUCAUUCGGGCAAAGGGGAGGGCGUGUGCAGCAGAGCUGACUGUGGAUUCCAGUUUUGCAUGUCAUGCUUGUGUACUUCUCAUGGCUCCAAAGAGUGCGGCAGUCAGUCUGCAGGCCGUCGUAGGAGGGACGUACUUCCAGGAAGUGCUCAAAGCAAGCGAAAUGUUAGAAGGUUAUGAAACUCUGUUCCUGUUUGCUGUGCUGCAUUUAGUCACUUUAACUUUUUUUUUUUGCCAGUUUUCAGAUGACAAUAAGCAGCAACAGAUUUGUAAGCAGUACAUGAGCAGUGUCUGUACUCUUCGAUCUUUGUUUGUGUUUCUCUUUGCUUAUCCCAUCCUCCCCUUUCCCUUUUUUUUUUUGAUAAAGUUCUUACUUGUAUACUUUUAAUUAUGCCUGUGAAGGAGGUUUUACCAGGAGAUGAAAUGACUUCAUUUUGCUGUUGAUGUAUUUUUCUAUGCACUGACUGUACAGAAUAUAUAUACAUAUAUAUUUUUUUUUGAUACUCUGGAGAUUUUCAGCUUUUACCAACAUGUUUUC